AUGUCUCCCUUAUCCGGACUAUUCCUUGCCUUGUCAGUCUUGCUGGCACCAGCAUCACUCGUGAGGGGAGAUGCGUUCGAGAUUACUCUACAGCUGCCAACCCAAAUGCCCGUCUGGGCAGAGCCUCUCUCGCCUCAUCUUGCCAGUCUCAGCAUAGAAAUGGACCGUUGGACGGACUGGGCGGGGCCAGAAAUCGGAGAACCUAAUGAGUAUGUGAAUCAGCUUCUGCGUAAUUUGGGCGAGAGGACAGAAAGUAUGCCGUUCCUUAGGGUCGGAGCGAAUUCUCAAGAUAGGGCGACUCUGGAUCUUUCAGUGCAAGUCAUGAACGCGACAUUCCCCGAGCCGACUGAAACUGUUCCCCAGCCCGAGGCAGAGUCCAUCUUCAUCGGGCGCGACUUCUAUGCUCUGUCCGGAAACUUGCCAGCAGGGACUUCUUUCAUGUGGGGGUUGAAUCUGAAGUCAUUUAACAAGUCUGAAACCGCUGCACAGGCAGAGCUCCUUGCCGAGACAUUCCAGGGUGCACGAUCCAAUCUGACCAAGCAUGUCAAACUCGUGGAUGUCGAGAUUGGCAACGAGCCCGACUUUUAUGGCCCUAAUACUCGCAUUCCGGGUCCGCUUGACUCGUCAUGGGAUCUGGUUAAUUACUCUUCGACGUGGCAAGAAUACGCCGAAGUCGUUCAAGGCGCAAUCCGCUUCAACGACAGCGAGGCCGGUCCUAAUUUAUCGCCGGGCGCUUUCACCGGAUUUGUAGCCCCGGGGUGGAGUGUUGACGGGGCUAUCAUGGCAGGUAUUUUGGAUCAGACCGAUUUGCGUUCCAUAAGUGCACAGUUUGGCACCCACCUCUACUCAGGUGCCUUUAGCCCGAAGCUCAAGUUCAUACCGGGGGAGCUAAUGAACAAGAAAUUCAUUCGCGGCAACCUAACAACAAAGGCCAGCGAGAUAAAGGCUGCGAAAGCUUUCGGCGUGAGAUAUUGCCUUACCGAGGCCAACUCCUUUGCCAAUCACGGGAUCCCGGGCCUUAGCAACACCGCCGAAAGUGUCGUCUGGGGGGUCGACUACCUGUUAUAUGCGGGAACGAUGGGUAUUAAACGAGUGCAUCUGCAUCACGGAGUCGGCUUCUCCUAUAACACCCUCCAACCCGUCACUUCAUCGGAGUUGAGCGGGGACAACACAAAUAUCACAGCUCCGCAUAUCCUGCCAUUGUACCAUGCCCUACUGAUCGUCAACGAAGCCAUCGGGAAAGGCAACACCUCAUAUGUUGCCGAGCUCGCGGCAAGCAAUGAUACCCUCGCAGCCUAUGGUGUUUGGGAGGAUAACAAUCUCCGGCGCAUAGUGGCUUUGAACAGUAACACCUACCUGACGAACGGUACUGCAGCGUCUUUCAGCAUCAAUUUGAAGGGGGAAGGUGGAAAGAGGGUUUCUUGGAUCAAGCGGCUCAAGGCGCCGGCCACAACCGCAAGUACUGGCCUCACUUGGGCUGGUCAAAGCUUUGAGACGCUUUCGGGAAUGCCGGAAGGGGAAGUGGUACUCGAGAAGGUUCAGAAUGGAGUGUUCGAGAUCCAACCUUCAUCGGUUAUUCUUUUGGAAUUCGAGUGA